AUGGUGGAAUGCACGGAGCAGAUAAAGCCUGCUGCAAAGUUCAGUGGCUCCACUCACUGCGGCAACUCUCACUAUGUCCUCUCCGUGGCACAAGCACAAGAGGGCAGGUUAGUAGCAAUGAAGCUCCUGGUGCAUGCUUUUGCGGGCCCAUUGCUUGCACUGUUGGCAGACAGUAUGGGGCGUCGACCUAUCUUGCUUCUGGGAUUGACAGGCUUUCUGACAGCUUUCCUGUUGUUCGCUUUGGUAGCGUUGCUUCCAUCGCUGCAUGGAUCUAGCGGUGCAAUAUCGCUUUGCUUCUUCCUGGAGGGUGCUACGAGUGCCUUUGACGUCGUGUUUCUGUCCAUGCUUGCAGACACGGCGAAGUCACCUGCAGCUCGCGUCACAUCUUUCUCCCUGUACUAUGCUACAGGAGCCUUCGGCAAUGCUAUUGCCAUCGGCAUCUUCGUGGAAGAGAUGAGCUGGGAAGUCAGAGAUUUCGGCUUGACAUGGGCCUCCAUGUCCCUUGCGAUGGCGAUGCUUAUCCUGUACGUACUGGCUUAUGUGCCAGAAACGCUCCCGUCAGCAAUGCUUUUGAAGUCGAAGCACUCGAAGCUGAAAGCUCCACACGUACAGCUCAUGGGACAGGCAAUAGAGCAAAUACAGUUCCUGGCAUCCAGUCGCUUUCUCCAGAUAUGGUUGCUGGCCGUGCUUUUCAAAUCUUUGGCAUCAGGAUUGUCCAGCAUCAAUGCCUCUUUCACUCUGGCUGUGUAUGGCUGGAAUCCUGGAGAAUGGCAAGCCUGGAUAUGGCCCUCCGAGAUCAUCUCUAUGAGUAGUUUGGGUAUUUUGGGACCUUGGGCAGGCCGGAAGAAAGCUGAGUCAGUCAUUUCGGUCACAGCGCUGGUAUCGGUAGCAGCUCACGUUCUGCAGAUGCUGGCACCGUUCCACGCGUUGGCGCUCCUUGGGCCCCACUUCAUUGCCGGCCUGUUGGCGUUUGUGCGGCCUGUUUCAGCCGCCUACCUGAGCGGGCGAUUCCCGGCUUCUCAGCAAGCCAAAGUGCAAGCGAUCGCCCAUCUCAGCCACAACUGCGGCAUCUCCCUGUCCAUGGCGAUCUUCUCAUCGCCGCAACUCUUCAGGCAUCUCGUUUGGCUGCUCUUUGCCUCUGCCUUUCUCAAGCAUUCGAGCUGCGUCUUCAUCGGUGAGCCGGGGCGACGUGCCCUGCUUUUGAACCUGGGUCUUUGGCUCCCGCUGCCGGCGCAAGCAGCCUUCGAGAACGCGCUUCCGGAGAUUGCCAAGUUCCCCGACAAGAGAACGCCGGGCAACAAGCCAGACGAUCUGGGGUUGCAACCUCGCACGCUGAAUCGCUUCGGCGACAAAUCCGACGGGCCUGUGCUGAAGGGCUGCGGCUACGGGCCGAACUGUUUCUCUACAACUGGUGACCCCGAGGACCCCCAGAUCACCACACUGCUUCAGCCGUGGAAGAUACCAGAUGGCGCCAGUGUGGCAGAUGCCUCUGCGCAGCUCGAAGAGACAGUUCGUGCAUAUCCGCCAGGUCAACAAAAGGUUGAUGGUGGUGGGUUCCAAGUUGUCAAAGCUGGAUCGGAUGGCUAUCUGUAUGCCCAGUUCGAAAGCUUGAAGAAAGGCAAGAUUGACGAUGUGGAGUUCGCAAUAAACAAGGAUGGCACGGUUCAAGUGCGGUCCUCUGGACGCAUCGGCCUCAAAGCCGAUUAUGGCUCCAACGCCAAACGAUUGAAUUACAUUUCGGAGCAGCUGCGAGCAAAAGGCUGGACAGCUCCGGUGAUCACGAAUCUUGGAAGUCCAAAGCGAUCGCCAUGCUCAAGGUUCUCCUGGCCGAAGCGCCACAGCACAGCGACAAGGUCGAGAGGUCAGAGGUCCAUAGAAAAGCUUCGAAACGUCAAUUUCCCUCGCCACAACGCUCUCAGCUCGAGGUUGUCUCAAUAUACUCCUCUUAUUGCCCCGCCAUGCUACACCCCGAGGAAAGACACGCAUGCGUAUUAUUUCGCGAUGAACUCUGGCAAGACGAAGUUUCAGUGCGUUGGGAUCGAUUGCCCGGUGAACUACGAACUAAUCGAAGAGGAACCUGGGCCGGGAGAAAGCGAGUGA